AUGGAUAUCGCGUCAUUGCACACGAUAGACGUGGACACGGGCGCUCAACCCAGACCUGGACUGGAAACACCAUGGACACUUUUUGUCGAUGAUCUCAAAGAGCUUUUCAAGCACCUCGAUGUCCAGGACGCAAUUAUGGUCGGACAUUCACACGGCGGAGGAGAAGUCACCCAUUACCUUGAAAAGCACGGCACUGGCCGAUUCAAGAAGGCCGUACUCGUCGGUGCUGUGCCCCCUUGA